CGGAAGCCGGAAGCGGCGAGCGGGGCCGCGCCGGGGCGGUGCGCGCUGCGGGGCCAUGGCGGAGAAGUUCGACCACCUGGAGGAGCACCUGGAGAAGUUCGUGGAGAACAUCCGGCAGCUCGGCAUCAUCGUCAGCGACUUCCAGCCCAGCAGCCAGGCCGGGCUCAACCAGAAGCUGAACUUCAUUGUCACCGGCCUGCAGGACAUCGACAAGUGCAGGCAGCAGCUGCACGACAUCACGGUGCCUCUGGAAGUGUUCGAGUACAUAGACCAAGGCCGGAACCCGCUGCUCUACACCAGGGAGUGCCUGGAGCGCGCGCUCGCCAAGAACGAGCAGGUCAAGGGCAAGAUCGACACCAUGAAGAAAUUCAAAAGUCUGUUGAUUCAAGAACUUUCCAAAGUCUUUCCAGAAGACAUGGCCAAGUACCGGAGCAUCCGAGGGGAGGACCACCCCCCUUCCUAAGUGCGCCCCAAGGGGCUCCUGCCCUGUGGCAUCACCCUGAGCGCCGGGCAGCCCGUGGCUGCGAGCGACCCUGAAGCCGCUGUCCGGCCUCCCUCCGGCUGUCCCGGCCUCCCCAGCUCCAGGCCUGGCCUGGGGCCGGGGGCGGCAGGGUCGGAGCCUGCAGGCUGCGCCGCCCUGCCCCGGGCACGUCCGUCUGCCCGGCCACCUCCAGAGGACUGAACCCCACAGCUGUGAGUGCGAUGGUUUGGUUAUUUCCAGACAAAUUGGUCUUAGAAAUACGAUAAAGUUCCUCCUGGUAGUUUUCUUUGUUCCGUUUUAUUGUGGUGUCAAAGCUAAAAUAAAAAGAGAAACCUGGCACAGGA